AUUUUGGUUGCUUUUAUUUCCUUGGAAUAAACAAACAUUUGUUUUUUUUAUAUGACGAAAAAAACGUAACCCGGAUACUACUUAGUUAUGACGUCAGUACCGGGAAGUACCACCACAGUCCACUUGGCUAAGACGUUAUUCUCGAUAGCUACACAUCUCUCUGGUGUUAUUUGUUUACAUACAUAUGUAAAAUGUGUAUGUAAAAUUUCUUUUUGAAAUUGUACAGACGUGUUUUUUCAUAUAGAGAAAACCGACUCGCUUUGACUUGGUACCUUACGUUUGCACAGGAAUGCCUUCUACUCGCGUGUGUUAGCUGGCUAGCUAUCAAGCCAUAGCUUAGGUUGUUUUGAUUAUUGAUGUAAACGUUAGUGCUACAUCGACGGUGUCUGGACUCGGAUGGUCGGCGCUCACACACACACUGGGCAGUUGUUUGACCACAGACCAAUGGAGUUUGGAGAGGAUCGAUCCCUCCUCAGAAACUACGAAAUCAUAGAACUGGUUCAUUUUAAUCAUCGUGAGUAGCGCACCAGCUAGCCGAUACGCUAACGUCAAACGGCAGUCGCGAAGCUUUCUCUAUUUCAAAUCUGCAGAUCCUUAAGUUCAUCCUUCAUCCGUUAUCCCGGACAGAGGACGCCAGGCGAGCUUGAGUAGCUCUCGGUGGGUCGGAUCCAAAUGCGUGGGGUGAUGGGGACACAGAGUAGUCCUGUGAAGAGUUACGAUUAUCUCCUGAAAUUUCUUUUGGUUGGUGACAGCGAUGUCGGAAAGGGCGAAAUCUUGGAAAGUUUACAAGACGGGUCAGUGGAGUCUCCAUAUGCUUACAGCAGUGGGAUCGAUUACAAGACCACCACGAUUUUGCUGGAUGGGAGAAGAGUGAAAUUAGAGUUAUGGGACACAUCAGGACAAGGUAGAUUCUGCACCAUCUUCAGGUCAUACUCUCGUGGGGCACAGGGCAUCCUGCUCGUGUAUGACAUCACCAACGGUUGGUCGUUUGGUGGCAUUGACCGCUGGAUUCGGGAAAUUGAUGAGCAUGCCCCAGGUGUUCCCAGAAUUCUGGUGGGAAACAGACUUCACCUGGCUUUCAAGCGGCAGGUGCCAACAGAGCAGGCUAGAGCCUAUGCAGAGAAGAACAGCAUGACUUUCUUCGAGGUCAGCCCACUCUGCAACUUCAACGUCAUCGAAUCCUUCACGGAGCUUUCACGCAUUGUGCUGAUGAGGCAUGGGAUGGAGAAGUUUUGGAGACCCAACCGAGUCUUCAGCCUCCAGGACCUGUGCUGCCGCUCGAUCGUGUCCUGCACGCCCGUGCACCUCAUUGACAAACUGCCUCUUCCUGUGGCCAUCAAGUCCCACCUUAAGUCUUUCUCUAUGGCCAACGGCAUGAACGCAGUCAUGAUGCAUGGACGUUCCUAUUCUGUGGCUAACAGCACAGCCUCAGGCGGGGGCAGUGGCGGGAGCAAAGCCAACAGUCUGAAACGCUCCAAGUCGUUCAGGCCGCCACACAGUCCUCCAAAGAACUCGUCCUCCUCCUCCUCCUCAAAGGGAAACUGUAAGAUUUCAUAGUGAAGAAGGUUAACGACGGUUGCCUCCAUAGGAUCAAAGUUUAAGGUGUUAAUCUGUGCGGUCAGAAGUCCAGAGAAGAGCAUGGAGAGCUGCAAGCUGUCUUCAUCAGAAACGGAUAUACAGUAGAAGUGACUGGGAUGCCGGGUUGUUUUCUGUUCUCUCUGUGCUUGCUGGUGCCAUGUAUUGGGUGUCUGCUUACUUGUACUCUUUACUACAGAGAGCCACUGUGAUCAUGUAGAACAAGAUUCCCCUGGCUGUGGCCAACAGAUGUGAAUUUAAGGACUGUCACUCAACUGUCGACACUACAAAUGAGUGGAGGGACAUGAGCAAGCUUUUAACGUGCAACAGGAUUGUUUAUUGGUAUUUAAGGUUGACUUGAACUUGUAAAUAUACUGUAUGUGCUGUUCUUUUACUCUUGUGUGGUGAUUGUUGUUGGGGCGGAGCUCCGUGUCCUUUAUGUUUCUUGAGCUUUGAUGUACAAGUUUUGUGUCUUAUGCCCCUUCACCGCGCCAUAGAAAACUAAGCCUUUAUAACCUCAAGGUGCUGAGUUACUUAUUUAAAAACUCAGAUGUCAGUUUUCUUAUGUAAACUUUGCUCAAGUGGAAUGCCGUGAGCAUGAAGGGCUAGUGUCCCAGGUGCACAAUUAAUAGACAUCAUAAAAAUUCAGACGUUAUCCACUGAAAACAUUCUCCGUUCAACAUUAGCGACUCUGAAUCUGUCCAGAAAAGUCAAGCCAAGUUGCCUUGUUUGUGAAACCCUAAAUCUCCAACAGUCAUUUAUUAAGACGUCUGCUGACUGCCUUGAACAAUUUAUACUCCCAAAUGUCAUAUUCUUAGUUGUGUCAUUGCCUUAAAUGUUGUAAUCAUUUACGCGGCAUGCUCAGUUGGAAUCGGUUAACUCCAGAAUGUUGCUCUGUUCUGAUGAGGAAACCUCGAACAAACUCAGACGUACGGCUUCUUUGCUCGGCUAUGGCGCUUUGCCUUCGGCGUCUUCUGCAGUCACGUCUUGCUUGUAAACACAGCAGGACAUUUGUGGGAGGAAAAUUUGAAUUUAAUUGCUUUUUUUUGGAUAUUUUAUGCAUAUGCUAUGUAUUUAUGAAUGUAAAACGAUAUUCAUCUACUACCUUUCUGUGGCUAUGUGGUUAAAUACUGUGUGGGAGUGUGAGAAUCAGAGGUGGGGAGUGACCGUGUCCAUCUGCUACUGUAAUGUUUAUAUUCGGAUCGUCUGAGUAUUUGUACUUUUGCUGCUCUGAUUAAUUCUUAUCUUCAAAACCUUUACUCAACACAAUGUAAGAACCAUAUGAUGUCAUAUGGGGGGGGCACGGUUGUUUUUUUUUU